AUGGCCUCUUCGAGUACCACACAACCUCAGGUUCAACAGCAGCAACCUCAGGUUCAACAGCAGCAACCUCAAGAUCAACAGCAACCUCAGGUUCAACAGCAGCAACCUCAAGAUCAACAACAACCUCAGGUUCAACAGCAGCAACCUCAAGAUCAACAGCAACCUCAGGUUCAACAGCAGCAACCUCAAGAUCAACAGCAACCUCAGAAAACUAUACAAAUUCCUUACAGUUCUAUAAUGCUGCUAUUUAAUGGCAUUGGUUUAUCCUAUUGCGGUUCACUGGUAGCACAAGCAGUGAGAUGGAUAUUCAAGAUUCUUUUCUACUCGCAACUGCUGUUGAUUUCUGUCUUGGUGAUUCUCGUCACCAGAUAUGAUCGUACCUCAGACUCUUCAACAACCCACCAUUUCCACCCUGACAAGUGGUACCCUCCACUUCUAGCAUCAACACUAUGUGCAGGAAUUCUUGGUUUUACAUGGCAUUGUAUCAUUUCAUGUUACCCGAAAAAGGCACUCAUAGCAGCAUUUUGGUUGAGUCCACUGUUAACAUUGGUAAUGGGAUUUAUGUUCAUGUCAAUCGGUACUCCAUGGAGUUUGAUACCCGGUUUAGGAUCUUUCUCAUUUGCAUUGUUCCAAUCAAUCUAUGGAUGUCGGGUCAAUAGGAGUAACAUGAUCAAAUACACCGCCAAAAUGUUUCAAGAUUUAAUACGUUUUCUUCCUGCAAAGACCAAGUGUUUGGCAUUCUUAUCCAUCACCGUCGGUACCCUUUACUGCUGUUUUCUGGUGUAUGGAAUUGGAGGCGCAAGAAGGGAUAUCGGAAACAGAACCAUACAUGCAUACAUAUACAUCUUACUGAUCAUUCUGAGCCUUGGAUGGACAAUGCAGGUUAUGAAGAAUGCAAUGCAAGUCACAAUUUCAUGGGUCCAGUAUACAGGUUUUACCAAUCAUAUAGGCACCAACAUUAGAGCUGCAUUUCGCGACACAAUCAAACACUUAAUCGGAAGUGUUUCUCUAGGCUCCAUCCUCGUCCCGGUCAUCGAACUCUUCCGAGAUUUUGCACGAUUAUUAAAUCUUUAUAUAUGUAAAGAUGAUUGUUCAUGCGCAAUGGAACUUGCAGCGCAUCUUACGACUUGGGGGAAUAUAUGGGGUUUUGUGCAAGUUGGAGCUUAUCGCAAAGGUUUUGUGCAAGCAUCUUCCGAUACUUGGGAGAUGUUCAUGAAUAGAGUUGGAUUACUGGAACUGAUAGAUUUGGAUAUCACUGGUACAUUCUGUUUCCUGAGUGGUGUUGCAGUAGGUGCAAUCUGUUGUCUUGUGUGUGGAAUUUGGAGUCUGAUAGUGUACAAAGACUAUACCAUGGAACUAUCCAUUUAUGCUUUCAUCAUUGGCUAUUUCAUUUGUCGGUUGGCAAUUGCGUGGCCACAAGCAUCUGUUUCAGCUUACUAUGUAGCCUACGCGCAGAAUCCAGAGAACUUUCCAUGUCGAUUUACUAUUGAAGAACGCUUGAACCAGCUUCGCAUAGCUUCACAAAGUCCAAGUACACCAGAGAGGGAGGCAAUUCAGGAGGAGUUUCGCAGAAUUAUACGAAAUCAACCAGAUGAAGAUAAUAGGAUAGGACACUGA